GCGCGGCCCGGAACACGCUAGUGGAGCGGAAGAUGGCGGCUGCAGCGGUGGCUGCAGCCGGGACCCCAGUCGGGCUGAGGCGGAGGAGCCGCCGGCUCUGACCUCGCUCUGGCUCCGGUGCGCGCGGCGCAGCGUGUGCGAGGCCCCGCGCGUCGGGCAGGGGCGGCGCCGGCGGCUGUGCGCCGCCCUGAGGAGCGCUCCGGCAGCGGCGCUGCUGCGGCUGAAGAGAGAGCCGGCUCCGGGCCUCCGCGUCCUCCUGCUCCCCGGGCCCCCCGCCUCCUCGGGGGGGCGGCGGCGGCGAUGUUCUCGGUCCUCUCGUACGGGCGGCUGGUGGCCCGCGCCGUCCUCGGCGGCCUCUCGCAGACCGACCCCAGGGCCGGUGGCGGCGGCGGCGGUGACUACGGGCUGGUGACGGCCGGCUGCGGCUUCGGCAAAGACUUCCGUAAGGGCCUUCUCAAGAAGGGCGCGUGCUACGGGGACGACGCGUGCUUCGUGGCCCGGCACCGCUCAGCAGACGUGCUCGGGGUUGCUGAUGGUGUAGGAGGAUGGAGAGACUAUGGAGUUGAUCCAUCUCAGUUCUCAGGGACUUUAAUGCGGACGUGUGAACGGUUAGUAAAAGAAGGACGGUUCGUCCCAAGUAAUCCCAUUGGAAUCCUCACCACGAGCUACUGUGAGUUGCUGCAAAAUAAAGUACCCUUGCUUGGUAGCAGUACUGCCUGCAUUGUGGUGCUGGACAGAACUAGCCACCGCUUACACACAGCAAACCUGGGCGAUUCGGGCUUCCUGGUUGUCAGGGGUGGUGAAGUUGUGCACCGAUCAGAUGAGCAGCAGCAUUACUUCAACACUCCAUUCCAGCUCUCAAUUGCACCACCUGAAGCCGAGGGAGUCGUCCUGAGUGACAGCCCGGAUGCUGCUGAUAGCACAUCUUUUGAUGUCCAGUUAGGAGACAUUAUCCUGACGGCAACAGAUGGACUUUUUGACAACAUGCCUGAUUAUAUGAUCCUUCAGGAGCUAAAAAAGUUAAAGAAUUCAAAUUAUGAGAGUAUACAACAGACGGCAAGAAGCAUUGCUGAGCAAGCCCAUGAGCUGGCCUAUGACCCAAAUUAUAUGUCACCUUUUGCACAGUUUGCAUGUGACAAUGGAUUGAAUGUGAGAGGUGGAAAGCCAGAUGACAUCACCGUCCUUCUUUCAAUAGUGGCUGAGUAUACAGACUGACUCGCCUAGGUGUCAACUCCGGCCUUUCCUUUCAUCUUCCCAAGUUCUCCCCUGCCACAUGUGCUGAUCCUGCUGGCGGGACCGUGUUUCUUUGCCACUGAUCUCGAUGGCCGGUGAUGUAAGCGUUUGCCUGUCUUUUUGAGACCCGGUUGAGAUCUUUGUGGAGAACCACUACUGUCGUUUGUUCGCUAGCUCAUUAUCUGCCAGCAACUUUGAAGAGAAUCAAGAUUUGAAGAUAGGCCUUCACUUCCUACUGUCCUUUCUCCGAUGGGAUGGAGGUUUUCAAGGCCAAAAUGGCUAUUGCGUUUCCAAAAUGCUUUAGGCAUUGAAAAUGAUGAUGUUGGUAACGUGCAUUCAAAAUUACAGUGUGUAAAAGGGAUUUUUAAAGUCUAACACAAAUUGUAUGUUAUGGUACAUCUACUAGAAACAUACAUUAUCAUCAAAAGAAACGUUACACACGUACUAUACAGUCUUUGUUAUGAUGAUUGGGUGUGGCUUUAUGUUUUCAUUAUAAACUCCUCUUUUUCAGGGGCUUAUAAUUCUGCUCUAAAACACUGCUCUGGAUUAUGAAGUCUUUAUCCCAGGAGCUUUUUUGUUACAAAUUGGAAGAAAACUUCAGUUUAGUUCUAUGGAUGCAAAUGUUCUGUGGUUUUUAAAAGAUGCCUAAUUGUACUCCUGUAAGGAAAGUUUCGGCAGUUAUUGAGUGGUCCAAAUCAUAGGCUGGUGGCCUGAUCUGCAGGAGGGGUGAGGGAGACUCCCUACCAACAUUUUUCAAUGGAAAUAUUAUUCAAUAUUGUAAACUCCUCAAAGCCUAGAAAUUUAAUGUUGUGGAUGAAGUUCCUCCCAGCUGUCAGAUACGAUGCCCCUGUGUGGGAGUCCCUGGGCCACAGGCCUCACAGUGGAGGCUGUAACUUUGAAUUUUGUUGGCUUUUACAGUCGUGCUACUCCUGGUCUCCCUGUCAGACCUGUCAUUAGUAGCCUUGCUCUCCGUAGAGCGUGCACCACAUUCGGGGAGUCUGUGUGGAAAGAGCACCUUGGGCGAUGGCAACAGCACAAGAGUCCACAGGGAAAACUCCUGGUGAUGAUCUGACAUUUGCAUUUGCCCUACACAGAAAUUUAGGGGUUUCUGAAUCAAGCUUAAUGUUUACAGUUUCCGAAUAGCCAUCUUGCAGUGUAUAGUUUCCUUAUAAAACUACCCCGCAUUCAGUUUUCCCUUUAUCUGCAAGCCCAGACUUAUUUUUAAGGUUUGUGUACAAGUCAACUGCUGUAAAGAUAUAUAUUUUUGGGUCAGUUUUUUUUCCUUCAUUAACUUGGUGGUAGAAAA